AUGAGCCUGACACUUUCAAAAUUGGAAAAGGCACAGAAGAGCCUAAACAAGCUCAUGAAGGUAGACAAGGCAUCUGCCGGCAUUGCAUCCCAUGUUGUCGACAUUGCUACCAACAAGUUGAUCAUUGAGACUCUGGCUGACAGUCGCGACCAUGCCCAGCAGUUGGCUUCUAAGGUUGGACUGGCUGAGUCUGAAUUUGCAGUCCGCACUGUUAGCCAAAUGCCCUCCACUAGAGCCAGUGUUAUUAGCGGUGACGCAUUUUUGAACCCUGAUGCUAGUCUUCGUUGCUCGAUUGGCUUUGCAGUUACCAACGGUUUUAUUUCAGCAGGACAUUGCGGCAGACGAGGUCAGCGUGCGACUGACAGCAAUGGAAAUCCACUCGGCACGUUUUAUGACUCUAUCUUCCCUGGCAAUGAUAUGUCAUAUAUCCAAGCUGUACAAAGUGACACACUUUAUGGCUAUGUCGAUGGCUAUUCGGGUAGCUACUACCCCAUCUAUGGCAGCCAAGAAGCAGCUAUUGGAGCUAGCAUUUGCCGUUCUGGCUCUACCUCCGGACCUACAGGUGGUACAAUCCAGGCUAAGGGACAAACUGUCAACUAUGCUGAGGGUACUCUCUAUGGACUCACCCAGACCAACGCUUGUUCCGAUCACAGCGACUCUGGUGGCUCAUUCCUUACCAGUGGACAGGCACAGGGAGUUCUCUCAGGUGGUGACGGGCAAUGCACCUCGUACUAUCAAGAGGUCAACCCUAUUCUUCAGAAGUAUGGCCUAACUCUUGUUACCGCCCAACAAUAA